AUGCCCUCACCGAGCUCCUUGAAAACGGCACAGGCUUUUCUUGGCAAUAUUCCGACCGAGUGGGUACGGCGCGAGUGUACGCUGGAUGGAGUGCCGCACAACGAGGAUGGGCUGCGGUGUUUGGCAGCCAACGCUAAUUGGAACGGCGUGGCGAUGUUGGCAGAAGAACUGAGUGCCAAAAUAAGCGGAGACACACUCACCGAUGUGGCGGCUAGGCUGCGCUUCUAUCUCGUGCAAGUGACAGCUUACUUUAGUAUGCAGCGGUACGCGGCGGCGAAGAAGUUGGUUGACGCGUUGGGGGACCUUGGCAGCGACCGCUUUCUUGACCCGGCAACCCAAGAGUCUGUUGUGCCGUUUUCUCUCCGCUUCAUCAGUGCACUGCUUCCUAGUUACUGUGGUGCCGUCAUGGAUACCCAACGACGGCUCUACAAUCUGCUCGAAGAGUGCCAGCAGCAUGUAGGUACGACAACAGGAUCAACAAAAGCGGAAACAACAGCAAAAACAGCGGCGUCAAUGUGGAAAGCACGUCUCAAGCGGGUGCAGCGGGCGCUCAUUGUGAGCCACUACGAGUCUGAGCAGUACUCUGAGGCGCUCCGCUUGUGUGAGACGACAAUAGCGGCGGAGCACUACGAUGAUGAGGAAAACGAGGAUUACGUAGUGAUGCGGCAGAUGCUGCACCUGCAGCAGUUGGCAACGCUGUGUCUGCGCUGCGGUAACGUAUUCCUCGCUGAGGAUGCAUUUCAGGCAAUUGAAGGCCUUUCUACUGCCGACGAGUCGGCAGAUGUGCAACAGUUCCAUCGAUUUCUUGCGGCACUCAAUCGUGCGUUGUGGUUAACGUUCAACGACCGUAUAGAGGAGGGAGCGUCUCUCUUUCGUGACGUGGCACGCGGUACACAAGACUUGUGCCGCGGCCCAGCCAAUGUGGCGCAGACUGCACCCAACAUGCCCACUGUCUCUGCCCCACGAAAAACCGUUACUGCCGAGGAAAAGGCACAGUCCGCACUCUGCCGCGCGGCGUCCCGGCAGUUGUGGGUGAGCGCAGCCACUUCGCAUCUGGUGUGCAUGCUGUACGAGACGACGCAGAGUAAGGGCCCCAAAGCUGUGAUGGGAGGCGUCAUUGAGACACUGGAGGAAUAUCUGCGGCACGACCCCAUCGGGUUGCUACACUCCGACGCGUUUCUCGGCAACAGUGUGCGCCUCUACACACUGGAGGGCGAUACACGGCAGAAGAAAGUGGAGAUGCUGUCAGAUCUCCUGGAGGUGUUCCGCUGCGACCGCGACUCCGCACCACAACUUGGCAAGAUGGUGUAA